ACGAGAAAAGGAGAGAGCUACUAGCGAGGGCAGCAGCAGCGCUGUGGUGGUAGCUGCCAUGUGGAACUUCUUCGGGAAGGGGUACAAGGAGGUCGCCGAGGAGGACGAGGACAAUGAUUUGUCGCUCGGGACCCGUCCCGUAGAUAUGACAACGCUGGACAUAACGUACAUCACACAUCGUUUGCUCGCGAUCGGCUGCCCGGUGGACGGCCCAAGCGACCGAGAUGCGAACCGCAACAACAUCGACGACCUUUCCAACUGGCUGGUCAACGACCACAAGGGGCACUUCCUGGUCUGGAACAUUUCCGACCACCGCUCGGACAACGGCGGAGGACGCGGGGGCGGCGGCGGGAGGCAGCAGGCGGCCGGCACGCAGGUGUCUCGGAAGCUUCACCAGCGGCUGCAGGGGCAGGUCCUGGACAUCCCGUGGGGCAGCCGGAACCGGCGUUGCUAUGUGCCGUCCAUCAGACAUCUCCUGCGCGUCUGCUACUCGAUCAAGGGCUGGCUCGACCUGGAUCCGGAGAACAUGGCUGCCGUGUUCUGCGCGAACGGCAAGGCGAGGACGUCGGUGCUCUUGGCGUGCUACCUGCGGUUCGAGGGGGAAGAGUCCACCGCCCUCGAGGCGUAUCGUCGAGUGUGGGCGAAGCGAGACCCGGAGCAGAAGCCCGAGCAGGUUAUCCUCCACACGCCCCGGAGCCUCUUCGCCCUCUUCGACAACUUCGACUGCUGCAUACGGCUGGGCCGGCCGCCGCGAGGAGGGGCCGGGGGCGGCCUGCUGGUUGGGGUGGCGUUGAACGGCCUGCCUCUUGCGGAGCCCCCGGUGCUGGAGGUGUACGGACCGACGCAGCUGCUGUACUCGAGCACCCAGGAAGAAGAGGACAGUCACGUGCUGUGGAACGAAGACCAAGGGUUCUUCAAGGUCAACAAGCCGCUCACGGGGGACUUCGUAGUGAUCGCGCGGUUCAAGGGUACCGACGGGGCUGCAGAGACGGGGCCGGAGGGGGUCUUGUUUCGCUACUGCAACCACACGUGCUUCUUGCCGCAGGGGGAGCAGGUCGUUCUCCGGAAGUCUGAGGUGGACGUGAUGCCUAGCUACCGGGACCAGAUCCCGGACGACGUGUUCAGCGUGUCCUUGGUCCUUGUGCCCGAAGAAGAAGAGGACGCCGGCUCGAGCUUCUCCUUCCAGGAGCAGGACCAGGUCAAGGUCGGGCCCGCCGCCACCCAGCAAGGCCUGGCGGACCUCAGCUCGUUCCACUUCGUGACCCCCUUGCUCCCUCGGCUCGACAAGCUCCUGGGGCGGGGUUUCCCUCCCGAGGCGUCGACGCUGGCGCUGCAGCUCGCCAAUAACGACCUGAGCGCGGCGAUUACGAUGAUGAAGGAGAGCCCGCUGCAGGACCUCAUGACGUACCGCCUGGCGCUCUCUCCGAGGUCCUCGGAAGGUUUUUCCCCGAACCGAGGGCUUAGGGCCAAGUCCAUCUCGGUGGUGUCGCCGGGGUCCAUGCUCGAGUCGGAUCAGGGAAACUUGUCGCUCGACCACUACGACGACUCCCACCACAGCAGAGACUCGCUCGAUGGCCCCGGCGGCGGGAUCGGAGCGUUAGGCGUGACCACCAGCAGCCUGGCCGUUAGGGCGUCGUCCGGCUUCCCUCGCGAGAAUUCCGGCGGGAUCUUGAGCAGCAACGCGGCUCCCUGGGGCUCGGGGAUGGGGGGCGGGGGCAAGGCCGACGCGGGCGGUGCCGGGGGCGGCCAGCAUUACGUAGUUCCCGGCGCGCCNNNNGGGGGGGGGGGGGGGGCGGGGGGCGGCGGCGGGGGCAGCGUUGCGGCGCGGGAGAGAGAAGAGGGCGGGGCCGAUAGCAGAAGCAGCGCUGCCAACGGCGGGUUCUUUGGUGGCAACGAGCCGCACUGUGCGCGAUGUAGCAACGCGGAUGCCGGCGGGCAAGCCCAGGUGAUCACAUGCAGCGAAUGCGGCCAAGGGUUCCACACCUUCUGCGUGGGGGAAAAGCGGAUACCCUACGCGCUGUUCCCGCCGGAGCAGCGCGUUCUCCGAGACGCCUUCGUCGCCGAGCACAUCGGCGCGAGGUGGCAGUGCUCCAAGUGCCAGACCCAGGCGUCUCAGGCGACCAUGUCCCCGUUCCAGGCGGCCGGUAACGACUUGUACACGCCCCCGUACAGAGACUUCGGCUCGCGGUCUUCGUCCACGAGCAAGCUGCUGGUUCUGCCGGGGGUCAAGGAGGACGGCGGUGGGACGGGGUCUUCCUCUUCCGUCGUCUCCCUGUCGAGGGGGGUGAGCGGUGACGGGGGCGACUUCGACGCAGACCUCGCGGACGUUUCGCCGUCCAAGGGACCCGUGGAGCCGUCGUCUGCGCCCCUGUCGGUGCCUUGCUGGUCGAGGUCGGAGUCGAAAGAUUCGGUGGUGGUGGAGCCCUCGUCUGCGCCCUCCUCGCUGCUGGCGCUGGGGACGGGUCCGGCGACGCCCCGGAACGGGGAGGAGGAGGAGGAGGAGGAGGUUGCCGAGGCAGGGGGAGGUGGAGAGGUUGGGGGUGAAGGGAAGUGUCAACAAGAGGCAGAUGGUUCUGAGGCCGGCGGUGGAGCGGAACUGGCGGCGACAGCCGCCGGUGCCGCGAAAGGCGAGGCAGGAGGACGAGGGGAGCCCGACGGUGCGGAGGAUGGCACAGGCGACGACGCCGAGGCAGUGCCGCCCGUUGGGCGGGAGGGGGGUGGGGCGGUGGUGGCAGUAGACGCGGAAGACAGGGAGGAGUCCGAGAUGAGCGCCGAUAGUUUGGACAACUUGAAGGACGAGCAGCGAGCAGUGGGACUAGCCGUCAGAGGUGGCAUUCCCAAAAGCGCAGAGGGAGGCGAGGCGGAGGAGGUCGUUUCUCUUUCCGUCGCCGCCGCCGCCGCCGCCGCCGCUCCCGCGUCCGCGGGCGAUAACGGGCCGGAGUUAUCGACGAUAGCCGGGGAGGAGGCCUCGGAAUCGGCGGUCGAAUCGUUGGAAGAGCUCGGGGCAGAGGCGCCGGCCGUCGAAGGGGGGGGUGACGGCGAGGAAGCGGGAAUUAUGUUGGGGAGGAGUAGCGACGGAGGGGUAGAAGAUGGGGGCGAAAGGGGAGCCCAGCCCCGGGGAGAGGGACACUCGGCGGAGGGGUUGGCGGCUGUUGCUCUGCCUGACCUUGUAGCCAAAUCCGCUGAUUUGGCGGAGUUAGCUCGGGUGCUAGGGCUGACGGCUGUGGUUACCGUAGCUCCCGUCGGCACUCAGAUCGGCGAUGAUGGUGCCUCCGCGGCAGCAGAAGGGCUAGAAGCGACACCCGCUGCUGCUGGUGCCGCUGCUACUGGUGCCGCUGCUGUUGCUGCUGCUGCUGCUGCUGUUGGCGUUGAAGCAGAAGAGGCGCGCAACGAACGAGGUGUCAGUUCUCCGGCUGCUGAGGUUCUGACGAAACCCGAACAGCUCGUGGAGGACGCAGCUCCCGAGAGCGUGGAAGGCGAGGAGUCCCGGAAAGAGUCAGUCGAUGUUCUGUUCGCAGCCCCUGGGUCGGAGGGUCUGGUAGUCGACACCGCUGCUGAAAGCCAACCACCGGGAGUAGAGGCCGGUGAAAAUGAAUCGGGCGUCGCUGCUCUCCCCUCGUACCCUUCCCCCGGGUCGGGGAGACGGAGGGAUUCGUACGAUAUGGGUGAGAUUGCGGCGGGACAAGGGGUUGUCGGAGAGGCCGCUCGGACUCCCGAAGGGGUCGAAGAAGAUUCUGGAGGGGAGGAGAAGGUGGUUGUGGAAGGAGCUACCUUCUACUCCACUCAAGAGCUCGGAGCCGAGCUCGCCGAGGGAGACAAUAAUCGCGACGAUUCGUUCGCCAGCGCCGAGGAGGACGAUGAAGCGGCAGAGGCCGUAGCAGCAGCAACAACAAUAAUCUCCGACGAGGACGGUAUUUUGGAGCACGAUGCCGAUGCCGGAUCGCUGUCAGCGCUUCCCCCGCCGAUGGGGCCGGUGUCGCAGGCACGGGAUGGAGAGCGGCAGGAGGAGGAGGAGGAGGAGGAGGAGGCAGAAGGUAGCGGCGGCAGCACGAGAGACAGACGAUCGCGACGGCCGCCCAGCCCUGCCGCCAUCGCUCUGUCUCCCCACGAUGACGACGAACAAGAUGGGCGGCAACAACCAGGCGCUCUCUUGCUCGAUUUUCCCAGGUCUACCGCGUCCAGCCCCGCCGCCGGCGGGCGCAGCGCGGCGGGUCCGGCGUCGUCUCUGCCGUCGCAGCAGUCGCUCCCCUCCCCCGGCGGAGUCGGUGGCUUCCCGGCGGCCUGCUCUCCCGGUAGGAUCAGUCCACCGAGAUCACCGUCCCCGAGCCGCGUCGGCUUCUCGGCCUCCCUACGGGCCAGGACCCCCCCGCGGUCCCCCCGCCGCCGCCCGCCCGUAGGGCAAAAGCCGGGCGACCGGCUGCUGGAGACGAGCAAAGGCCCUGUCUGGAGCACGGCCCAGUCCCCGAGGAGAAAGUCGGUGGCGAGGAUUGGGCAGACGACGCCCGAACAGGUAGGCGGCGGCGGCGGCGGCGGUGGCCGCAAGCGAACACCCCGGGGGGAGAGAGAGCGGGAGGGCGGGCGCGGCGGCUCGCGUAGAGAAUCUUCCAGCUCGAAGUCAUCCUUGCGCCGGUCUUCGUCGUCUUCGGUGGUGACCCGGCCACCGCUGAGCGACGGGGAAGACGGCGGGGGGAGCGCCGGCAGAGGGGGAAGCAGGGGCGGCGGCGGCGGCGGCGGCAGCGGGAGGCGCGGGAGCGGCGCGUCGAGCCUGCUGAGCAGCGUCGUCAGCAACGCGGCCGACGACGACUCUAUCCCUUCGAGCGGCAGUGGGGCGGCGUCGGGGGGCAAGCCCAAGCUCCGGAGGGUGGAGAGCCUCAACAACUUGAGGCAGGAUGGGGAAGAGUACGGCGGCAAGUCGGAAUCGAGGGACAGGUCGUUCACCGCCGCCAACAUCGACCCUGACGCCUUGGGCCAAGACCUUGCGGCGGUGGUGAUCCACUUGAAGGAGGACGGCCUUACGCCCGAGAAAUUUCAGAAAUCGCUACAGAGAAAUCACCACAGGACGCCGUCGAUGCCGUCGCCGAGCACCAGCUCUGCUGGCGCAACUCUGGAACCCGAGCCCGCCCCCGCCAAAGGCAUGCGGCAGCAGCAGCAGCAUCGCCCGCCGCUCUGGGGAGUCUUAGGCUGGAUCGGUGGCGUUGCGAAGGUGGUGACCGGUCAGGGCGGUCGUGGGCACUUUGGGGAGGCCGAGCGGUUGGGCGGCGCGGCCACGGCGGCGGACGCCGCCGGAGAAGCAAGGGAGGCGGAGCCGAAGGUUCUCCCGGCUACGGAGGCAGACGCGGCAGCGGCGGUGGCAGCGGCGGCCCGGCCGAAGAUCCUCCCAGCGAGCGACGAAGCGGAUUCCCCGAUGAUGAUGAUGAUGCCGCCCUUGUCGCCCAGAGAACGGAAGGCGUCCGAGACGGCUGCCGAGCUCGCGGAGACCCGGGCGGCAGCGGCGGCAGCGGUGUUGGCGGCGACCGCAUCGGUGGCGCACGGAUCGAACGGCCGUGGCUUCAGCAGCGGCAGCGGCAGCGGCGGCUGCGAGCCCCUGGUGGCCGUGCUAUCGGCGGCGGCCACGGCAGAGGCUCUGGAGGUGGCGAAGAGGGCCGCACAGGCAGCAAGGGACCCCCGUAAGGACCCCGAGUACGCCAAGUUCUUCAACAUGCUGGAGACGGGGGUGCCCCGCGAGACCGUGGAGCUGGCCAUGCUGAUGGAAGGGAAGUAUCCAGCCGUUCUCAACACUCCGUUGCCGGGCCCGGCGGUGGAGAAGAUCACGUCGACGGCGGCCGCCGAGGCGGCGCAAGUGGCGCUCUCCUGGGCGGAGCGAAGCCCCGGGUCUAGCAGGCCGUCCCGGAGGGAGCGGCGACAGAGCUUGGCCGCUUCGGCCUCGUCCCUUUCCCCGCGAGAGCGUCGGAAUGCUGCUGCUGCUACCGCCGCGACCCCGACUUCUUCUCGUUCGCCGCGAGAGCGUCGGAAUGCUACUGCCACGGCCGCCCCCGGCGCCGCUUCUUUGUCGUCUCGUUCCCCGCGAGAGAGACGGAGACCACGGCGUGGCGGGCCUGAGGCCGCCGCCGAAGCGGCCAAGGAGGCCGUGGACGGACUAGUUCCCGCUCGGGAGAACCCCUUGUACGCCGGGUUCUUCGACAUGCUAAGCCGGGGGAAGCCGAGGGGGGAGGUGGCGGCGGCGAUGGAGUCGGAAGGGGUCGACGCCGCGGUGCUGGACGCCCCCGACGCUCUGUUCCCGCUGCCGUCUCCGAGAAGACAGGGACGGCGGCGGCAUGCAGCGGCGGCGGCGGACGUAGUAGAGGUGGAGGCAGAGCCGGAGGUGGAGCCGGAUAGAGCAACCAGCUACGCGGCGGAGGGAGCGGAAGCGGCCGCGGCGGAAGCGUCGAAGGCGAUGGAAGAGAUCUACGCGCACAUCGCCGCCCAGAAGCUGGCGGCGGCGGAGCAGGAGGCGGCGGCAGAGCCGGAGGUAGUUGCCGCUGUGGCUGCUCCCCCUAGCGAGGUGGCGGCGAAGGAGCACCCGGAGUUUUUCAAGUUUUUCAAGAUGCUGGCCAUGGGGAUGCCCAAGGGGGCGGCCUUGCAGGCCAUGGCGAAGGCCGGGGUCGACCAAGCGGUGCUAGACACCCCGGACGCGCUGCUGCCGCUCUCGGCCGAGCAGCAGGCGGAGCUUGCGGAGCGGCGCGACGCGGCCGCUGCGGCGGCAAUGUUGUCGGCGGAGGCGGAGAACCAGAGGGAUGGCGAGCGCGGAGAAGGGGCUUCGCCGCCGGCGGGACCGCCGAAGGGCAUGGCGCCGGCCAAGGACCACCCGGACUACCAGAGUUACUUCAAGAUGCUGAAGAUGGGGAUCCCUCGAGGGGCCGCGUUGCAGAAGAUGGCGAAGGAUGGAGUUGAUCAGUCGAUUCUCGACACGCCGGAGGCGCUGUUUUCGUUGCCGGAGUCAGGAGGCGAAGCGGCGGCGGCAGCGGCAGCGGCAGCGGCGGCGGGAGCGACAGCGGCGGUGACGGCAACAGCGGCACCAACCAUGGUCGCCGUAAAGGAUCAUCCGAACUAUCAGAAGUAUUUCAAGAUGCUGAAGAUGGGGCUACCGCGGGGGGCGGCGCUUCAGAAGAUGGCUACUGAGGGCAAGGACCAGGCGAUCCUCGACACGCCGGACGCGAUGCUCCCUCUGGCAGAACCGGAGGGUGGGGCGGCAGCGGCAGCGCCGAGCAUGGUGGCAGCAAAGGAUCACCCGGACUACGAGAAGUACUUCAAGAUGCUCAAGAUGGGGCUACCGGGGGGGGCGGCGCUUCAGAAGAUGGCUACUGAGGGCAAGGACCAGGCGAUCCUCGACACGCCGGACGCGAUGCUCCCUCUGGCAGAACCGGAGGGUGGGGCGGCAGCGGCAGCGCCGAGCAUGGUGGCAGCAAAGGAUCACCCGGACUACGAGAAGUACUUCAAGAUGCUCAAGAUGGGGCUACCGGGGGGGGCGGCGCUUCAGAAGAUGGCUACUGAGGGCAAGGACCAGGCGAUCCUCGACACGCCGGACGCGAUGCUCCCUCUGGCAGAACCGGAGGGUGGGGCGGCAGCGGCAGCGCCGAGCAUGGUGGCAGCAAAGGAUCACCCGGACUACGAGAAGUACUUCAAGAUGCUCAAGAUGGGGCUACCGGGGGGGGCGGCGCUUCAGAAGAUGGCUACUGAGGGCAAGGACCAGGCGAUCCUCGACACGCCGGACGCGAUGCUCCCUCUGGCAGAACCGGAGGGUGGGGCGGCAGCGGCAGCGCCGAGCAUGGUGGCAGCAAAGGAUCACCCGGACUACGAGAAGUACUUCAAGAUGCUCAAGAUGGGGCUACCGGGGGGGGCGGCGCUUCAGAAGAUGGCUACUGAGGGCAAGGACCAGGCGAUCCUCGACACGCCGGACGCGAUGCUCCCUCUGGCAGAACCGGAGGGUGGGGCGGCAGCGGCAGCGCCGAGCAUGGUGGCAGCAAAGGAUCACCCGGACUACGAGAAGUACUUCAAGAUGCUCAAGAUGGGGCUACCGGGGGGGGCGGCGCUUCAGAAGAUGGCUACUGAGGGCAAGGACCAGGCGAUCCUCGACACGCCGGACGCGAUGCUCCCUCUGGCAGAACCGGAGGGUGGGGCGGCAGCGGCAGCGCCGAGCAUGGUGGCAGCAAAGGAUCACCCGGACUACGAGAAGUACUUCAAGAUGCUCAAGAUGGGGCUACCGGGGGGGGCGGCGCUUCAGAAGAUGGCUACUGAGGGCAAGGACCAGGCGAUCCUCGACACGCCGGACGCGAUGCUCCCUCUGGCAGAACCGGAGGGUGGGGCGGCAGCGGCAGCGCCGAGCAUGGUGGCAGCAAAGGAUCACCCGGACUACCACAAGUAUUUCAAGAUGCUCAAGAUGGGGCUACCGCGCGGGGCGGCGCUUCAGAAGAUGGCCACUGAGGGCAAGGACCAGGCGAUCCUCGACACGCCGGACGCGAUGCUCCCGCUGGCAGAAACGGAGGGUGGGGCGGCAGCGGCAGCGCCGAGCAUGGUGGCAGCAAAGGAUCACCCUGACUACGAGAAGUAUUUCAAGAUGCUCAAGAUGGGGCUACCGCGGGGGGCGGCGCUUCAGAAGAUGGCCACUGAGGGCAAGGACCAGGCGAUCCUCGACACGCCGGACGCACUAAUUCCUCUUGCGCCAGCCCCAUCCCCCGCCACUGAUACCACCCCAGGCAAGGGGAUCCCAACGCCGCCUCCGUUACCGGGAGCGCGCGGAGGAUUCCCAACGCCGCCGCAGCUGCCAGGAAUGGGCGGAGGAAUCCCAACGCCGCCGCCGUUACCUGGAAUGGCCGGAGGAAUACCGCCGCCGCCGCCGUUGCCAGGAAUGGCCGGAGGAAUCCCCCCGCCACCGCCGCUACCGGGAGCAAGUGGAGGAAUCCCGCCUCCGCCCCCGUUGCCAGGGGUGGGCGGAGGAAUUCCGCCGCCGCCGCCGUUGCCAGGAAUGGGCGGCGGCGGGGGCAUCCCUCGGCCGCCACCGAUGCCGGGAUCGGGCGGCGGGGGUAUCCCGCCUCCGCCACCAAUGCCUGGGAUGGCCGGGCGUGGUCCCCCUAUGCCGCCCCCGUUGCCCGGGAUGGCCCGAGGACCGGCAGGGCUCCCACCCCCGCCGCCUCUCCCGGGCAUGAUGGGGAGGGGGCCGCCGGCUUUGCCCCCCAGGGGGCCCGGCGGGAUGGCGCGGCCGCCGCCGCGGCCGGCGGGGCCGAAGAAGCCCAAGGACAAGCGGCGGAAGCUCCACUGGAAGACCAUCCCUCACGCGCGGCUGCAGAAGGCGGAGAGCAUCUGGAUGGAGACGGAAGUAGCCACCGACAUCCAGAUCGAUCUCGAAGAAUUCGAGGAGCUUUGGGUCGAGAAGGCCGAGAAAGUGGCCGCCAAGAAGAAGCUGGAGGAGGCGAAGAAGAAAGAUGUGAAGAAGGAGGCGCCCAAGGAGAUCAGCCUGCUGGACGGGAAGCGCGCGAUGAACACGUCCAUCGCGAUCGCCCGCAUCAAGAUGACGUACGCUGAGACCCGCCAGGCGGUCAUGAACAUGGACGAGACCGUUCUGUCUUCGAACGUGCUCCAGUCGCUUCAGGAAUUCAUGCCGACGAAAGAGGAGGAAAAGACCCUGCUCAACUACAACGGCGACCCAGCCUUGCUCGGAAACGCGGAAAAGUUUAUGCUGGAGAUGAUCAAGGUGCCGAAGCGCGAGAUGCGUCUCAAGGGCAUGCUGUUCAAGCAGCUGCUGCAGGCUAGGCAGGACGACAUGCGAUCCAUGGCCGGGCUUAUCAACUCGGCGUGUCUGGACGUGAGGCUCAGCCGGCGCCUGAAGAAGCUCUUGGGAAUAAUCCUAAAGCUCGGGAACCAGCUCAAUGAGGGUCAAACCACGGGAUUCACCCUAGACUCGCUCCUCAAGCUCAACACCGCAAAGGCUUUCGACAAGAAGACAAGCAUCCUGCACUACCUCGUCAUGCUGGCCAGGAGGAACGAUCCCACGCUCCUCGACUUCAAGGAUGAUCUAAAACACGUGUUUCCGGCGUCCCGGCUCCUCAUCUCGACUGUCACGGCGGAGCUUGCGGACCUUAACAAGGGCUACGCCUCCUUCAAGCGCCUUGUGGAGGGAGACCCCAACCUACGACCGCGUCCGCCGGAGGCGUCGCCGAAGGGGGGGCCUGGUGCUCCGCCGUCCCCGGGUAGCCUGUCGCGUUCGCCAAGCUCUGGCAGCGGCGGCGGCGGUGGUGACUCGGAGGGGGCGGGGGGCGAGUCGUCGUCGCCGUCGAUGUCCAGCAGCAGGUCGGAGAAGCUGGCGACGCUCUCGAGGCAGAAGACCCACAACAGGGAGAGCAAGUGCAACGCUGGAAAGACUAUCAUCAACUUCGAUAUGGCCACCGAGGCGGGCCGAGCGGCCGCGCUCAAGGCAGGCCAAUCAGCGUCCGAGCUGGAGACCAUACCGGAGGCUUCUUCUUCGGCCGGGGGCAGCAGCGCCGGCGUUGGCGAUGACGGCGAGGGCGGGGGCGGGGGUGGGAAGGGUACGGAGAGCGGGUGGUUCGGGCAGGAGGGAAUGCGGGGGAGCACGCAGAUCCCAGAGCUGCACGUAGACGUACAAGCAGCAGGGGACAGGGUGAUUGAAGGGUGGGAGUCCAUCGUGAACGCAACGGCAGAGAGAGUAGUGGGAACGAAGGUAGUACGAUGUGGGGUAUCGGUUAAGUGGUGGGAUGACGAGCUGAAAGAAGAAAUAGGGGAACGUAGAGAAGUCUUCAAGCAGUACCUGAGUGAGGCGUCUGAGGAGAGUUGGGAAAAGUACAGGGCCAAGAGAAAACAGGUGAAGGGACUAGUGAAAAAGAAGAAAAAGUGUAUUUGGGACGAAGUAGUGCAGAAGGCCAACGGAGGCCUGGAGGGAAACGUCAAGCAGAUGUGGGAAGGGAUUAGUGGAAUGGGUCUCGCCAAGUGCUCGCUUCCGAUGCCACGGGGCCUGGAGUCCGGCAGCGACGAACCCCGCGCUUCCAGCGGCGGUGGCGGCACGAGAAUAAGCAAGGGCCUCGCGAAUUGUUCCCUCCCUAUGCCGAGCACCCUCGCGCCCAAGGUGCUCCCGCCUGUGGAGGCCGUACGCUGGAUCGCCCAGGGUCUCGCGGAAUGCCAGAUCCCGAUGCCGUCCGGGCUGGCGCCGGCGCCGGGCAAGCGCUCUCCCCCUCCCCCAGUUACCCCCGGGAGGACUCCGAAAAAGUCGCCCAAGAAGCUAGAGCCACGAGAGGCGCUUGGAGUGUGGAUGAAGCACGCGGAGGAAGAGCUGGCCGCAUCGAAGACCCUCGUGGAAGAGAUGCAAUCCAACUUCUCAGGGGCGUUGUCGUACUUCGGAGAAGAUCCUGAGCUGACCCCUCAGGAGUUCUUCACGACACUGCACUCUUUCAUCAAGGCGUUCGACGAGGCGCGGGCCUACGUGGAUCGCCAGGCCAAGAAGAAGGAGCAGGAGCGCAAGCUCGAGGAGAAGAAGGCCGCUGCCGCGGCGAAGAAGAAGCGCCUGGCGGAGGAGAAGCGGCGGAAGUCCGCCGAGCUGCUCCGAGCGGGCUCGACAGACUCGUCGGAAGGGGCGGCGGCGGCGGCGGCGGCGAAGGGAGGCGGUGGAGGGGCCGAAGAGUCCUCUCCUACCAAGCAAGACGGCGGGGGGAGCGGCAAGGGGCGCAGGAACAGCGGGGGUGCGAACGGGUUGCCACCGCUGGCACUAAAACCGCCGCGAAGUGGGGGGGGAACGGAGAAGGGAGUGGUGGUGGUUUCUCCGUCGAAGAGCGGCGACAAGCCGUCGACAUCGUCGCCGCGUCAGCCGCCGAAAGCGGUGGUUGAUGGUGGCGGAGGUGGUGUUGGCGACGUUGCGCGUGCGGCUGUGGGUGCUGUUGUGUCCGCCGCGGUUGACGCGGUCGUUGCCCGUGCCUGCGGCCAGUCGACUGAAGACGGCGGCGACGGCCAUUCUGUCGAUUCCGCGGUUGCUGCUGCCCUCGGCGCUGUCAUUGAUGGUGUUGUUGCCGGCCCGGCGGCGAAGGUGAAAGGCCUUGUUGCCGGGGAAGAAGGAGCGGCGGCCGCUGCUGGCGAUGCCGCCGAGGGCUCGGGUCCGGUUGUUGCCGAUGGUCCCGGCAAAGAAGAGGCUGUCAAAGUUGCUGAUGCCGGUGGUGAUCGCGUCCCCACCUCCUUCACUGUCCGACCCCCGCUGUGGAAGACCGUCUCGAACUCCAAGCGGCGCUCCUUCAACUCCGAGGAUGCUGGCGUCGCCGACGAAGCGAGGGAGGCGGCGCUUUCCGCCACCGCGGAAAGCGUCGUCGACGCGGCGGUUGCAGCGGGAACAGCAGCAGCAGCAGUGGCGGCGGCGGCGGCGGCGGCGGCGGCGACGGUGGAACCAGCAGAGGGAGCACCAACGGAGCCGAAGGAGGGGGAGGAGGAAGAGGGCGCCGAUUCGGCGAGCGCACCGCCUGCUGAACCGUCGGCUGAGACUUGUGAUGGUAGCCUUGGCGACCAGGAAAAACGGGAGGAGGAGGAGCGGGCCGCCGACUCUGUUACCGAUGGCGGGGCCAAGCCCGAGGGCGUAGGCGAGGAGCUGGCCGCGGUACCCCCAUCCGAGCAGGAGGAGGAGGAUCAGGAGCGGACCGCCGACUCUGUUACCGAAGACGAGGCCAAGCCCAAGGGCGCGGGGGAGGAGCCGGCCGCAGCGAUGCCGACUGGGAAGUCAGACGAGCAGGAAAAGGAGGAGGAGCUUGCUGCCGGCUCUGUUGCCGAUGGCGAGGCCAAGCCGGAGGGCGCGGACGUGGAGCCGGCCGCAGCGGUGCCGGACGGGAAUUCAGACGAGCAGGAAAAGGAGGAGGAGCUUGCUGCCGGCCCUGUUGCCGAUGGCGAGGCCAAGCCCGAGGGCGCGGACGAGGAACCGGCCGCAGCGGUGCCGGACGGGCAGUCGGACGGGCAAGAGAAGGAGGAGCUUGCCGAUGGCGAGGCUUGCAAGCCUGAGGGUGUAGUCGAGGAGCUGGCCGCGCAGCAGCAGGAGGAGGAGGAGGAGAAGGAGCGGGCCGCCGCCGACUGUGUGGUCGAGGACGAGGCCAAGCCCGAGGAGAAGCCGCGACCUGUCGACGCUGAGCUCGGGGAAGACUCCGUCUACGGAGUUACCGACAAGGUCGGCGACGACGAUGAUGAUGAUGCCGACUCGAGCGACGACGACGACGCGCCCGUGACACGAUCGAUGCUCAAGCGCACCGACGCGAGCUCCGAUCUCCGCGUCGACGAGCUGCUGGAGGAGCUGGCCGCCUCCAGCAAGCUCCAGGACGGCGACCCGUCAGCGAAGGAGGAGGAGGAGGAGGAGCGGGAGGAGGAGCGGGGGUUGCGGGCGACUUGCCCCCCUGAGCCGGCGAUGGCAGCGGCAUCUCCGGAUACGGACGGGGGGGCACAGGAGCCCCCGUUGCUGGGCGAAAAGGGCAAUAGCGGCGGCGGCACAACGGACGGGAAGAGCGGGGGUGAUGACGUCAGUGACGCGCAGCAAAAUCAAGGCUCGACUGAGGAGGAGGCCAAGUCGCUGCGAAGAGGUUCCCGUUCCUCCCGGACGGAGUUCCCUCUGGCCGCGGCAGCGGACGGCACAAACCGGGCCCCCAAGGGGUGGACUCGCGACGACAACGGCCGCCUGGUGAGGCUAGUCUUGAACAGCAAUAACGAGGAGGAGGAGGCAGCAGCAGCAGCAGCAGCAGGAGCAGCGGGGGCGGGAAGACCUCCCUCGCCCGACAACCAGCCUUCUUCGCCGUUGUUGCCUGGUGGUGAUGCUUCUUGGGCAACGAUCGGCGGAGCCGUCCCCGCCGCCGCGGCCGCCGCCGGCCCUUCGAUGCGGAGUGACCCGUGCUUCAUUACCCCGGAGCGCAGCCCGCUGAGCAUGGCGGACGGCAAGGGGGAGGCGUUCCCGGAGCUCCUCCCCGGCCCGGCGGAGAGGAGGUCGGUCGUUACCGCCCUCCGUGGGGCAGCGAGGGUCGUCGGGGGAGACUCAGAAGGGGGGCUGGAGGCGACGGUGACGACGGCGGCAGCGGGGGUGGCGGUGGCGGCGCAACGACCUAGUGUUCUCCCCGAUGAGGAUGAUGCCGGAGAAGAAGGAGGAGAAGUGGUUAAGGAAGAGGAGGACUGCGUGGGUGCCAAGCACGGGGAGGAGGGGGCGGCGCCGUCUGCAGAAGAAGGAGGAGGAGGAGGAGGAGGAGGAGGAGGAGGAGGGGUUAAGGAAGAGGAGGACGGCGUGGGUGCCAAGCACGGAGAGGAGGGAGCGGCGCCGUCUGCAGAAGAAGCAGGAGGAGGAGGAGCCCCCCCCGCCACCGAGCAAGCGGCCGAGUCGGUUCAGAGCGGAACCAACGUGACCGAGAGGAAGGAGACUGCAGUGUCCGAAGGUGAUGGUGGCGGUGGUGGGAAGGUCAAGAGCGCCGCCGCCGGCAGCCAGAGACGAGCCAAGGGCGCCGCUGCUUCUUCUACUUCCGCCGCUGCGGCCGCUAGUGUGCCGGCUCCCGCGGCGCCUGCGAAGCAACGGAAGAUGAGCGCAGCCGCCGCCCGAAAGAAACGCCGACACCAAGAACGGCUGGAGGCGAAGAACCGGGCGGCGCUGGCGGGCGUCGUUGUAGACCCGACGGGCGCGGGAGUUAUGGCGGUGGACGGGGUCAAACCCGAGGUUUUGGAUGAGACCGUAGCACCCGGUGGAGACGUCAACAUCGAACUCAACGGGGAGGUUGUGGGAGGUGGAAGUGGCGCCGCGGUUGAGCGAGGAGUAGAGACGGAGGAGGUUCAGGCUGAGACGAGCACCCCAAGAGAUAGAUCGUUGGAGGAGGAGGAAGACGAGAAACCGGAAGCUAUCGCUGUUGAGGCCUCAGCCGGGGCGGCGGAGGGGGAGGGAGAGCGGAAGCCCCGCGUGUACUCCGGCGGCGAGGGUGUUAUCACGGCUCAGCCAAUGGGCGACGCUCCGCCGUAGUAAUACGAAGGAGGAGGUAAAAGAACUCCCGCAGUGUAAUAAGUAGACCACCAGUAACAGCGCGCACCGGGCGCUUGUGAUGGUUGCUCGCCGGCGCGUUUCUCGCUCUAGGAAGCGAUUAUGAAGAGGCGCAGCCGUGGCCUCUUCUGCUUUAGUCUAUAGGCCGAUGAUGAUGAUGAUAUGUUUUUGUACUUUUUUCUAGUGGAUGGUUUGAUAAUGAUUUUUUAACUUUUGCAGCGCGUGUGCUUGACGCGUUGCGUGUGUGCGUAUGUGUUGUUUUUUCAGCGUACCGAAAACAAACCCAGUUUUGUGCCAGCCAGCCAACUCUCGUCGUGUGAUUGGAGGAUUGUUUUUAGAGGCAGCGAGCGAGCGGAGGAAGGAGCGAGAUAGGAGGAGAGAGCGUCAUUUGAGUUGUUGCGAUGCGGGCCGGGCUUAACCGUUCGCUUAACCGUUCGCUUUUGUUGGGACUCCCGCCGCCCGACGGUAGCAUGUUUUCGUGGUAACUUAUUUUUUCCUUGUUUUCGGCAGGCAGAGCACGUACGGACGAUCAAGGGAGGGAAGAUGAUGUGUUUGGAAAAUGUAAAUGGGAUAUGCAUGUGUUAUUUCGUGCGUACGUGUGCGGGGCCGGCGAAUAGGCCGUCCGCUGGGCCGAGUGGGAAAGUGUAUGGUACCAUGACUUCCGUGUGCUAGCGAGGGAAAGCCACACCAUU